AUGUCUCGCGAAGGCAGUGAUCGAGGCCCACCAAAACUCAACAUACCAAAGCCGGAGGACUGUGACUGGGGAAGUAAAAAGAUACAGUCACGACUACCGACAGAUAUCCUGCUACUAACAGUGAAUGACAAUGAAUUUGAAGCUUGCUUUCGCUAUGUGGGAAAAGAUGGACCUUUUUUUCGUUCUACAAAUGAUGGAAGGGAAUUUUGGUUUGGUCAAUUUGAUGCUGAGAAAGAUGACAAAUAUACAAAGGUUGCAUUGAUCAAAACUGCGAUGGGAAAAACAGAAACUCUGAUCGCUGUCAUGUUUGUUGCUGAAAUGUUAGAGCCAAAACUAGUCCUUUCUGUCGGGAUCUGUGCAACGAUGAAACCGGACAAGGUAAACCUUGGCGAUGUCGUGAUUGCUACCAAAUUGAUAUGUCCAACCUCGUUCCCAGGCUCUUUGCUCUUGGGAAGCAAAGACCCUCGUCGGAGCUGGUCACGUGACCCAUAGAAAAUUAAUAGCCCAAGAGGGGGAUGGAAAAGUCUCAUAUUACAUGUUUCCACUUCAGCACUUCGAUUGCAAAGAGUGGCCGUUCUGUACAAUCAUCUAAUUCAUCUUCGAGAAUCAUAUAUACCUCAAACUACUUGCUAAAUUGGUUUCUGUUUGCUUUUAAAUUAUUCAAACAUGCUAAAAUGCAGAUUCUUAUAGCAACAGAAAAUUAAGGAAAUCAAGCAACGAGAACUUAUGACUGUACGCUUUGAAAUAUUUUUAUUUUCUCGGGGUUCGCCGGUUCGGGCGUAGUUUCAUUUCACGCGUGCGUUUCUGUUCUGGCUCUGAUUUUUAUAAUAUGCUUAUAAUAUGCCAAUGAAUUGUUCUAAUAUAGACACGGUAUAAAUUUUGUUAAACAGAUGUCUCAAAAGCGACUGUUUAUAGGUCAUAGAAUUAGCGCCUUGCCUUUUUUGUCUGCACGAGUACCUGUUUGUUGAAGUCAAAAUAUUGCACAGCAUCUCCUAUAAAUUCUAUCGCCAUUUACCCUCUCCCCUUAAAUGCAAAGGAAUGACAGCAGAAAAGGUUUAGCAAAGUAUUUUUUAUUACAUCUGGUAUAAACUAUAAAGUGUCCUACGUUUUAUCAGGAUAUACAUAAUUCAUAAACUGUAUAUGCACAAGUCUCGCUGUUUUACUGUAACAAACCUUUUAAAGUUUCCAUUGGUAGAUAGGUUGUUUGCCUCCAGUAUUGUUUGGUAAAACAGACUAAACUUCUAAAAUGUCGGUUACGGAAUACGAUAAAGAUUAAAGUUGAUUUAAAUAUUGAUAACUCACAGCGGCAUUAAUCCAUUAUACAAGUCUAAAGAAGCUGGAUUAUUCUUCAAUAAAGCCCUCAAUGAACAAUGCCAAUGUCAAUGAAAGGUCUAAUAUUAUACACGUUGCAAAUUACUGUAUACACAAAAUAUGAAAUAAUUUAUAUAAAGUACAAUACCAGUGUCUGGUGCAUAUAUCGUCCUAGAUAUUCAAGUUGUACCGCACGCACGUGUGAUAACAGAUAGCUAGUGUCACGAAGCACUACUGGACUAAGAUAAUACCAAAACUCUUUAAUUAUUUUCUUUAAUUACAAUACUCAACAACGAUUAAUCUCCACGAAAUACAUCUCACAAUUUCACCUAACUCCACAAUAUCUCACUUCCAUGCGGUUCUCUCCUCUAAAAACACAUGCACUAAAAGGCGCUAAGACACAUACACUAAAAGGCGCUUAAACACAUACACUAAAAGGCGCUUCUCUACACUCCCCCCACCUAAAAUCAACUUGAUUAGUGA